UUUCACCUUGAAUUCAUUUUGACUGUUGCAUGAGCGAUAAAACAGCAACCGAUUGGGCUAACUCCUUAAAGUUUACAGUCUCUUUUUGGUUAGGAAUUAAUUAUAUUCUGUAAUAGAAAAAUCUCCACUUGCCCCGCUUCACAAGUCUCACUUUCGAUUCCCUUCACUCCAUCGUUCACUUCAGUUACACACUUUCUCUAACACACUAGCCGAAGCCAAGCAGAGAACAAGAUGGGUUCAGUUUCACUGAAAAUAGGAGAUGGGACAGCUAGAUUCAAGAGAGCAACAAUAUGUUCAUCAGCUCUUAACAUUCUCAUGCUUUUCUCUGUUAUCAUUACCAAUCUUUUUGCUUUAUACGCCUUCACAUCCUCACCCAAAGACAACCAGACCCACCCACUUCUUCACCACCACAGGAACAUCUCUUUGAUCUCUGAACAUGUCUCUCUUAUCCUUAAAGAGAUCGACUCAUCUCAAAAAAAACUUGCUAAGAUGGAGAAAGAACUUUUGGGAUAUGACACCAUUGAUCUUUCAAGACCCAAUAUCGCAAAUGAGCUCAAAUUGUUUCUCCAACACCACCAGCUUCCUCUUGGUAAAGAUUCAAAAACUGGGAUCACUGAAAUGGUAGCAUCUGUGGGGCAUACAUGUGAGAAAUCUGUUGAUUUGUUGACUCAGUAUAUGAGUUACAAGGUAUCCGGGCCUUGUCCUGAUGAUUGGAGCCUUGGUCAGAAGCUGAUUUUGCGUGGAUGCGAGCCUUUGCCUAGAAGGAGAUGCUUUGCUAAGUCUAUUCCUAAGGUGGGUCUUCAAUCUUUUCCUAAUUCUCUUUGGAAACCUGUUAAUGAUAAAAUUGUUACUUGGAGUGGUCUUGGCUGUAAGAGUUUUAAUUGUUCUAAUAGUAAAAAGUUGAGUAGGGAAUGUGUUGGUUGUUUUGAUUUGGUUAAUGGGUAUGAGAAUCAAAGAUAUGUUACGCCCAGAGGCAAGAAUGAUUUUCUUAUUGAUGAUGUGUUAGGUUUGGGAAGUGGAGGAAUUAGAAUAGGGUUUGAUAUUGGAGGUGGGUCUGGUACUUUUGCUGCUAGAAUGGCUGGGAGAAAUGUGACUGUGAUCACUAAUACAUUGAAUGUUGAUGCUCCAUAUAGUGAAUUUAUUGCUGCAAGAGGGCUGUUUCCCCUGUAUUUGAGUUUAGAUCAUAGGUUCCCUUUUUAUGAUAAUGUGUUUGAUUUGGUUCACGCAUCUAGUGGAUUAGAUGUUGGAGGCAAACCUGAGAAAUUGGAGUUCUUAAUGUUUGAUCUCGACCGAAUUCUGAGGGCUGGUGGCUUGUUUUGGUUGGACAACUUUUACUGUGCUGAUGAUGAGAAGAAGAGGAUUUUGACUCGUUUGAUAGAACAAUUUGGGUAUAAUAAACUAAAGUGGGUUGUGGGGGAAAAGGCAGAUAAUGGAAAAUCCGAAGUGUAUCUGUCUGCUGUUCUACAAAAGCCAGUGAGAGUGUCAUGAGACGGUGAAAAGGUAAGCAUACUGUUUAAUGUAUCUAGCCUUAUGGACACGGAAUUAGUGUUAGUUCAUUGUCUCAGAGAUCCUCAUGAAAUUCAUUUGAAUGUGGAAUAAGUGAUGUUUCUGUUCCCCUAACAGAGGUGGGGAUGAUAAUCUGUUCUAUAGUUGAAAAAGCUUUUAUCUAUUUUACUUCAUAAAUCUGUCAACAUAUUUUAGAUUUUUCACUUUCUCUGAGAAUUUUUAGUCUAUGUUCUCAUGUCUGAAGUCUGAUCCAAUUAGCGAAUUUAUUGUUUUCAGAUGGGAAUACAGAUGAACCUUGUUUAA